CACUACGGACGGUUUGAUCGUCGCACAAGGAGGAAACGUGUAUGGACGACAUUGUAGGCGUUUGUGAAGAGCAAUCAUGUAUAGAAUACUACUAUUGUCCGUCUGUCCGGUUAGAAAUCGUGCAUUACAUGUGUACAUCCGCGAGGCAUGUUUAAGGUCGUCGAAAUGUGAUAUGGUUUCACUCCCCAUUUGCAGAGCUACGAAUGGAGGGGUCUUCAAUGCAUUUGGCACAAGCUCUGUCAUCCACUGUGAAAAGAAAGAGGGGCCACUCCCUCCCAAGGAAGAAAAUAGUGCAUUGAAGGAUGGUGAGCAGAAGGUAGCAGUAAAGAUGGUUGGAGAGAAGGUCAUAGAGCUACAAGAUUAUGUAAAAAUGGUAGCAGAACAGAGCGAGCAGAGAGUAGGGGUGAAAAUGGAGGGAGUAACAGAGAGCGUCAAAAUUGAAGAAAUUCUUAUACAAACAGAAGAGGUUGAGAAAAAACUAGAAUCAAAGGUGGAGGCAGCAAAGGCGAGUGAAAAAAUCAAAGAAAUAAUCCAGAUUAAAACAGUGGUUGAGCCAAUUCUCGAGGUAAGAAUGGAGGCUGUAAAGGAGAGCAAAAUAGAGGAAAUUCCAGUUAAGAUGGAUAGUGAGAAAAUGGAAGAAAUCCAGACAGCGCUUUUGCCCAUUCCAGAAGUAAAGCUGGAGGAUGUAAAGGAGAGUGAGGAAAUGAAUGAAAUCAUGUCAGCCAGUAAAACAGAGGAGGUUAAACAAAAGCUAGAAGUAACAAUGGCGGUAGUAAAGGAGGGUGAAACAAUUGUUGAGAUCCAGGUUAAAACAGAAGAGGUUGUAGAUGUAAAGAAAGAGGGAGACAAAGUUGUAGAGGAGCAUAUGUUAAAGGUCAAUAAGGAGGAACAACAGACAGAAACCCCCCCCAAGGAUGAAAUUCAGCCUGUGAAGGGUGGGAAGGAGAGUCUGCUGGACCUCUUGGGGGCCAUGAAGGUCGAGGUGACCAACAAAAGGAAGUUUAAGGCCUUAAAGGUGCAGAGGACCUCUGAGACUGCUGCCAGGCCCAUGCCAGCAGCUAUGGAGAGCACCACCAGUAUGUUCCAGGAGGCCACUGGCAUGGCUGACGUACCAGCACCUGCCCCAAGUGCGACACUGAGCCCUGAGCUGGUUGCUGCUGUCUCUGCUGCUGCAGCUACUUUACCUGACCAAAGCCAGGCUGAGUCAGAGCUGCUGAAGAAGCUGAGGCAACAUGAAGCGAUCGGAGAGGCACAGAAGAACGGGGACGUCAACAACAUUGGGGUUAUCAUUGCUGACAUGAAGGUGGGGAAGAAGUUCAACGGCAGGCAGAACGCCCGGCCGGCCAAUCAGAUCCGCUUUGAUGAAGAUGGGAGGGGCUACACCCAUGAUAGAGGCAUCACUGCAGAGUUGGAUGGUGGAUUACGGAGGAGGAGAAGUCUAUUUUCAGGGAAAAGACUGAACAUCUUCACCCCGAGCACUGAACCGGAGGCAGACACAGAUGUAGCUGUUCCGACCCUAUGGGACAUGGAGUUAGCCAAUCAAGUGGCCCUGUCAACCAAUCAAAUGCCUCGUAAUGGCUUUGAGGAGAUGAUCCAGUGGACCAAAGAGGGCAGGCUGUGGCAAUAUCCAAUUAACAAUGAGGCUGGUCUUGAGGUGGAGGCCCAGGUGCCCUUCCAUGAGCACGUGUUCCUGGAGAAACACCUGGAGGAAGGCUUCCCACACCAGGGACCUGUCAGACACUUCAUGGAGCUGGUGGUCUCAGGCCUGGCUAAAAAUCCCUACUACACAAUACAGCAGAAGAGAGAACAUAUAGCCUGGUUCAGGGACUACUUUCAGCAGAAAGAGGAGGUCCUCAAGGAGGCAGAGGUUUACCUCAACUGAACUGUGUUGGCAAAAUUGAAGAGAAACACAAUCUUUAAGUAAUUUAUGAUCACACAAAUGUUAACGUGGGAUUUAAGGGUUGUAGACUCCUAUGGCAUGACAGCCUUGUCUCAGGGCUAGGGUGAUUAGUAUACUAAAACAAUAAUGACACACACCCCCCCCUCCUGAAAACUGUCACUCAAGAUGGUAUUUUCCCGUGAGAGAACCAAUGGAGAUGGUUAACAGAGACCCUGGUAUAGCCCUUAAUUGGAUACACCAUGUAUUGCUUUGGUUGUUCAGAGACUCUUUUUAACUAUACACACCGUGUCGUUUAUCUACCUUGACAAUUCCACUGUUGGUGUCUGAUCAAGGAGAAGUACACUGCUCAAAAAAAUAAAGGGAACACUAAAAUAACAUAUCCUAGAUCUGAAUGAAUGAAAUAUUCUUAUUAAAUACUUUUUUCUUUACGUAGUUGAAUGUGCUGACAACAAAAUCACACAAA